AUGCGGCUGGCCCUGCAGAAGGCGCACCCCGACAUCGCCAUCAUCGACAACGUGCUGCAUUUUAAAGCUCAGGGUCAUGGUGCCAAAGGGGACAACAUCUACGAGUUUCAGAUCGAGUUCCUAGAACCGGUUGAGCCUAAACCCGUAUGCAGGGUGACUCAAAGGCAACUGAACAUCACUGUGCAGAAAAAAGAGAGUAACUGGUGGGAGAGACUCACCAAGCAAGAGAAGCGCCCGCUCUUCCUAGCUCCUGACUUCGACCGCUGGUUAGAUGAAUCGGAUGCUGAAAUGGAACUGAAGGAGAAGGAAGAAGAAAAGAUUAACAAAAUGAAAAUAGAAUCCAGAGUCCCAAAAGACCCUUUCAAACACCUGAAGAAGGGAUACUUAGUUAUGUAUAAUCUUGUACAAUUUUUGGGAUUCUCAUGGAUAUUUGUGAACAUGACAGUACGGCUGUUCAUCUUAGGAAAAGAUUCCUUCUAUGAUACUUUUCACACUAUUUCUGACAUGAUGUAUUUCUGUCAGACCCUGGCGUUAAUGGAGAUCAUGAAUUCACUAAUAGGACUAGUCAGAUCACCGCUGAUACCUGCUGUAGUGCAGGUAUUUGGAAGAAACUUUAUUUUGUUUGUUGUCCUCGGAAGCUUAGAGGAAAUGCAGAGCAAACCUGUGGUGUUCUUCAUAUUUUAUUUCUGGAGUAUCAUUGAGCUGUUCAGGUAUCCAUAUUACAUGCUUUCAUGUAUCGGUAUUGAAUGGAAACCACUAACCUGGCUCCGUUACACUACCUGGAUCCCUCUCUACCCUUUAGGAGGUUUGGCAGAAGCUGUCUGUAUCAUUCAAUCCAUUCCAAUCUUCAGUGAAACAGGGAAAUAUAGUCUGGGACUGCCAAAUCCACUGAACGUCACAAUCCAGUUUUCAUUUUUGCUUCAAAUAUACCUUAUAGCCUUGUUUUUAGGGGUAUUUGUAAACUUCCGUCAUCUCUACAAGCAAAGGAGACAGCACCUGGGACCAAAGAAGAGAAAGAUGAAGUAAAGGAGGACUUGCAACUUUCUUAUCUAACUUAUCUCAGUGACAAGAUAAGCCUCUAAUUCUUACGGUUUUACCCACUGUAAUGUAAAGAAUUUUGUAAAAUUAAAUGAUCAUGCUAGAUUUCAUGAUUUCAUAGUGAAUUCAGGUAACAUUCCCAUAUACUGUAUUUCGUUCCCUUCCAAUCAUGUAUGCAUGGCAUUUACCAUUGAACAGUAACAUUUAAACUUGUAUCCUGUCAACUACCAUAUUAGAAAGAAAUCCUAUUAUCUGCAUAUAAUAUGCUUAUAAACAGUGGAGCAGCACUAAAUAGAAAUAGUGUUUAUCUUUAAAUUGGAUAUUUGCUCUUUCAAUAUUGCAUGCAGAUAGGGCUUCUGAUGUCAGGAUAUACUAUUAGCUGGCCUGUGCUGUUCCUAGGGUGCAUCUUCAUGGCAGGAACUUUUCUUCUGCAGCCUAUUGAUGCUGCAGAAUUCAUACUGGAAAUAGCUAAUGUCAAUUUAAAUGCUACCAACUUAGUCUGUUUCUAGUUUAGCCUUAACAGAAAAGGAGCGCUGUGUGGAUCCGAGCAUUCCUGUAGCAACAAAUCCUUAUGCAGUCAUUAGGGAAAGGAAGCUGCCACUCUGUGACAUGGUCAGAAACGCUUUCCUGAUUGGGAACACAAGCACUGAAACAUAACAAAAUAAAGAAACACAGGUACCAGCUCUCCUAGCAUGUGAGCAAACCCUGGCAGAACUCCAUCCCAGCCAGGCAAAGGGAAAAUGUGGAACUUCCAUGGGAGACUGGGCUCCUCUGAUUAUUCCUGGCAGGGCUGGAGCUCCUGUAUUUAUUUAUAGCCAUGGAAAAGGCAGUAAAGGUUGCUUUCCUGCUUAAACUUAAGGGUGCAGAGGAGAAGUUGGUGUAUAUAAUUUAUUGGUUGGCCCCUGGUGGGAUGGAGCAGUGGGUCAAAUAAACUAUAGUAUUUUGAUAGCGUGUAUCAAAUCUCUGUAAGGGAGAUCCCACAUAGGGUCUGAAGGGACCCUUUCCUCUGUGCUUGUUUUAAACAACAGCAAGAACAAAAAAAAUGAGAAGCUCCCCCCACAUUCCAAGUCAUCUACUCUCUCACCUGGAAACCUUUGUUUCAGUUGACUUGAUUUCAGAGUGCCCUUCUUCACACCUAGCUUCCUGUAGUUAAUUCCACAUCCCUCUGGCCUCCUUCAUCCAGUUAGAAAAUGUACAAAAAAAAUGCUUUAAACCAUACUGUGGUUAUGAACAGAUUUUUUUCUUAAUAACUGCCACUGCCCCUGGGGAAAUGCAAAUGCCAGCAGUCCAGAACAGGCACUGAAGCUGAGAUUAGCUUACUGCCAUGUUACUAUUUAUCUUUUUUUACUGUAAAAUGAUAUGAAUCCUCCAGAAAGUUAUUUUCUGUAUUAAAGGUGACAAAACAGCUCACUGUUUGUGAUACGGACCCAAGUGAUUGUUACUGUAAAGGAAGGGAAAUAGCAUUAUAAGGAGAUUUUAACAAAGAAUUGGUACAAACUCUGCACUACAUUUCACAAACGUGUUCUGUCAACAAGAGAAACGCUGCGGCUUCUCUUCAGCGAUACUUGAGGCUCGCUCUCAAAAGGAGAGCACAGCUCACUGUACUCAGAAGGGUUCAGCCUUAUUCACACACUUACUGUUUCACUACAGCACACACUGUACCUGUGUUUGAAGUCUGUCAAAGGAUUGAAUUUGCCAGGUAAUGGAACAGCAAGGAUCACUUUCAUACUUAAUUUCUUCACUGGGCAUUUAAACUUCUGUUAUGAAAUCCACGUGUAUUCAUACAUGAUAUUCCUCAGUGAAACUGUGGUACCUAGUGCAAGCUGUCAUGGAUCUUACACUACUGAAUUUUAGUCCUUCAGAAAGAAUGUGUUUCUAUUAAUAAAGAUUUACAACCAAA